UAUCUUAGCUCCUCCGAGUAGCUAUACCGAGGAGUCCUCAGCCAUGUGGCGGGCGUGGCUCGUCGUGGCUCUGCUCUGCAGCGCGGCGCUUCUUGCUUCCGCCGCAACCCCCGCCGCAACCUCCGCCGGCCCGCGCUGCAAGAAUCGCUUUCCGCGCAAACCGCUCUGCAAGUUUGUCGACGACCUCGCAUCGAACCCGCUCGCCGUGAUUGACGGCGCGACGGGCAAGAUGGUGAAGAUCGGCGUGUAUCAGAUUUACCAGAAAUUCCAUCGCGAUCUGCCCGCGACGAAGCAGUACGCGUACGGGAAGGACGAGAAGUCCGCGCACUAUCCCGGCCCGGUCAUCGUCGCGCAGCGCGGCGUGAAAACGCAGGUGUAUUACGAGAACCACCUGAUGGACCGGCAACACAUGUUCACUGUGGACUACACUCUCAUGCCCGGCAUCACCAAGCCGAAGCUCGGCGGCAUUCCCAUCGUGCCGCAUCGCCACGGCGGCAUGCAGGAGAGCGAGAGCGACGGGCACCCACAGGCGUGGUUCACGCAGUUCGGCGAGACAGGUCCCACGUUCAAAUCCCGCCUGUACCACUACGACAAUAAACAAAUGCCCGCCGCGAUCUGGUACCACGAUCACACGCUCGGAUGGACGCGCCUCAACACCGUCGCGGGAAUCGGCGCGCUUUACGUGAUCACGGAUCCGAAGGGGUACGAGCGCAAGCUCGGGUGGCUGCCAAGUGGUAACCGCGCGGUGGCGCUCGCAAUCGCGGAUCGCAAAUUCUUCGCGAACGGGUCGAUCAACUACCCGAAUGUGGGCAUUGUGCCUCGCGUUCAUCCGAACUGGUCGCCCGAGUACCUUGGCGACACCAUCGUCGUCAACGGCAAGGUUUGGCCGUACAUGCGCGUGCGCCCUGCGAUGUACCGCAUGCGCCUGCUCAACGCCGCCAACGCGCGCGUGUUCAACCUCAAGUGGGUGUGCGCCGUGCGCGGCGACUACCCCAACUUCGUUCCGCCCAUCACGGGCGAAGCCAUCUCUGUCAUCCAGAUCGGCACUGAUGGCGGCUAUCUGGUCCGCCCCGUGCGCCGCACUGAGGUGCUUCUCGCACCCGGCGAGCGUGUCGAUCUCCUCGUCGACUUUUCCGAGCUCCCGUCGGGCUGCAAGGAUGUGAUUGUAACGAACGACGCGCGCGCGCCCUACCCCGCGGGGGAGCCCGUGACGGCGCAGACGGGCGUGGUGAUGCGCAUCAACAUCCUCAAGAAGAAACGCAUUCCGUCUCCGCCCAUCCCCAGGAAGAUCAGUUGGAUGCCCAAGGUUCCCGCGGUGAACAAGGAGCGCUACCACACGCUCAUGGAGGUGAUGGAUCGCGCCACGAACCUGCCCAUCCGCGUUACAAUCGAUGAGAAGUCGUUUAUGGAUCCCGUUACCGAGAUUCCCAAGCAGGGUGAUACUGAGGCGUGGUAUAUCAUCAAUUUGACAGCCGACGCGCAUCCCAUGCAUCUGCAUCUCGUCCAACACCGCCCCGCCUGGCGUCGCCCCUUCGAUGCAGAUGCGUACCGGGCCGGCCGGUGCUCGAUCACAGACGACUCCAAGCCGAGCUGUUACUCGGGUGAAAGGAAGCUGGUUGGGCACUACGAGAGGGGCUGGAAGGACACCACGCUGGCGUACCCUGGCGAGGUUCUCAAGCUAUACGCCACAUUCAAGCGCCAGGACCUGCAACCUUGGGAGUUUAACCCGACCACUGGCCCCGGCUAUGUGUGGCAUUGCCACAUCCUGGACCAUGAAGACAACGAUAUGAUGCGACCUUUGAUUGUCACGAGAUAGGCAUGAUGGGGCCCAUGGUCAUCAAGAUUCAAGAAAUACAGGCAUGAUGUGAUCCAUGGUCAUCAAGAAACAGGCCUGAUGCAAUGCAACCCGCAGGCAAGGACCGUCAACCUGUGGGGUUAUACAAGUGGGGUGGGAUUGGCAACUGGUAGCAUGCAGGAGGGGACAACUGACCAUGCCUCGUGGUCUUGCACCCCUUGGCUGGGGUUUACUGACAUGUGGGUGGGGCAUGGGAGUGAGAAUCGGCUGGUGUGAGCCAUCUCAUCUCAGCUCAGGGCAAUGAUGUACCUCUUACCAUCUCAUCCGGUA